AUUGUCUCACACUAAUCGAUUCCAAGCCUUGGUGAGAACUCUCACUUUGACUGAUAAGGUUGGAUCUGUGCAAGUUUCAUUUUGCAUCUGAACAUCACUUCUUCAGAAACUUGGCCUCAUAGUUUUUUUGUUUUCAGGUGCUUCUAUUGUUGAAAUAGGAAGAUUGAAUCCAAAAGUCUUUCAAUGGCAGAUUGUACCCAAAACUCAAAAUGGAAGUAUCAUGUUUUCUUGAGUUUUAGGGGAGAAGACACUCGCCUAGGUUUCACCGAUCACUUAUAUGCAGCUUUGGUCCGCAAGAGUAUAAUAACUUUCAGAGAUGAUGAAGAACUUGCCAGAGGUGAAGUUAUCUCACAAAAACUCCUGCAUGCUAUUCACAAGUCUCUAUCAGCAAUUGUCAUAAUCUCCAAAAACUAUGCUUCUUCAUCUUGGUGUUUGGAUGAAUUGGUCAAGAUUCUUGAGACCAAAAAUUUGUCGGGACAACAAGUGUUUCCGAUCUUUUAUGGUGUGGAUCCCUCCGAUGUAAGGAAUCAAAGGGGAAGUUUUGCAGAAGCUUUUAGGAAACAUGAAGAAAAAUCUACUGAAAACAAAGAAAAUGUGCAAAAAUGGAGAGAUGCAUUAAGAGAAGUGGCCAACUUGUCAGGGUGGGACUCUAAGGAUCAACAUGAAACUGAACUAAUUGAAGAAGUUGUUGCACAAGUAUGGAAAAAAUUAGAACUCAAAUUCCCAACAUAUAAUGAUGGACUGGUUGCAAUUGACACAAGACUAGAAGAUUUAUUUUCAAUUUUGAAGCUAGGAUUGGAGGGUGUUCGUUUCAUAGGGAUAUGGGGCAUGGGUGGUAUAGGUAAAACAACUCUUGCUACAGCUCUCUUCAAGAAAAUUAAAAGCCAUUUUGAUGUUAGCUGCUUUAUUGCCAAUGUUAGAGAGGUGUCUGGGGAAAGAAGUGAGGGUCUGCUGCAGUUGCAAAAUAAAAUUCUUUCUCAUCUAAACAUCAAAGGAAUGGUAAUUGAAACUUUAAGCGAAGGAAAGGACAGCUUAAGAAACCUCUUGUCCAGCAAAAGAGUUCUACUUGUCCUUGAUGAUGUAAGUUCUAAAACACAUCUUGAGAAUUUGGCUGGAAACCUAGAAUGGUUUGGUCAAGGGAGUAGAAUUAUAGUGACAACAAGGGAUAAGCACCUGCUGAUAUCACACGUAGUGUUGUUUGAAAUGUAUGAGAAUAAAAUCUUAAAUAAAAGUGAAUCCCUUCAACUUUUAUGUGAAAAGGCAUUUAAAGGAAACCAACCUAAAGAGGAUUAUUUGAAAUUGUCUCAAAGUGUAGUCGAAUAUGCUGGAGGCCUUCCCUUGGCUCUUGAAGUGUUGGGUUCUUUUCUUUGUGGAAGAAGUUUAUCUGAUUGGGAAGAUGCAUUGGUCAAGAUGAAGCAAGUUCCACAUGAUGAUAUCCUAAACAAAAUACGAAUAAGUUAUGACAUGUUAGAAGAGGAACACAAGACCAUAUUUCUAGACAUAGCCUGUUUUUUUAAGGGAUGGUACAAACAUAAAGUGAUACAAGUUUUGGACAAUUGCGGUCUUCAUCCAACAGUGGGAAUAAAUGUUCUUAUAGAAAAAUCAUUGGUAACUUUCGAUGGAAGAGUUAUUGGGAUGCAUGAUCUUCUUGAAGAAAUGGGCAAAACUAUUGUUUUUCAAGAGUCUCCUAAUGAUCCUGGUCGGCGGAGUAGAUUAUGGUCACUAGAGGAUAUUGACCAAGUGCUAAAAAAGAAUAAGGGGACUGAACUUGUCCAAGGUAUAGUUUUGAAGUCAACACCUUCUAAGCUGUACGAAGCACAUUGGGACCCUGAGGCCUUCUCAAAGAUGUGUAAUCUUCGAUUACUCGUUGUAUUAUGUGAUUUGCAUCUUCCUCUUGGUUUGAAAUGUCUUUCUAGCUCACUAAAAGUUCUUGUAUGGUGGGGAUAUCCAUUGAAUGCUCUACCCCUUAAAGCUCAACUAGAUGAGCUCGUUCACUUACAAAUGAUCAAUAGUAAGGUUAAACAACUAUGGAAGGGAACUCAGUAUUUUGGAAAGCUGAAAGUAAUUGAUUUAAGUAAUUCCAAGGAUCUACUUCAAACUCCAAAUAUCUCUGCAGUUCCUUACCUUGAAGAGUUGUACCUUAAUGAUUGUACAAAACUCUUUGAAGUUCACCAAUCUAUUGGACAGCACAAAAAGCUCAUGAUUUUGAGCUUGAUGGGAUGUGGAAAUCUCAAAAUCCUUCCAAGUAAAUUGGAGAUGUGUUCCCUGAAAAUGUUCUUCCUUUCUGACUGCUCAGACAUUGAAAGACUUCCUGAUUUUGGGGAAAACAUGACAUCCGUUUCAGUGCUUAAUUUGAUGAAAUGCAAAAGUCUUUUGUACCUUCCAGAUAGCAUUAGUAACCUGAAGUCUCUCAGAAUUCUCAACAUAUCAGGAUGCUCACAAGUUUUUUGCUUGCCAGAUAAUCUAAAACAAAACAAAGCUUUGGAGGAUCUUGACUUGAGUAGAACUUCUAUUAGAAUGUUUGAUCCAUUCCUACUUCAGUUAGGGAAUCUCAAAAGGUUAUCUUUCUUGGGGUGCAGUGGACCACCAUCCAACUCCAGCUGGGACUUACAUCUUCCUUUGGGGCUUAAGUUAAGGUUUUCCCCUGCCCGUACAGGCUUAAAAUUGCCUCCUACUGUCUCAGGUCUUUCCUCAUUAACUGUUUUGAAUUUAAGUUUUUGCAAUCUCACUGAUGCUUCAAUUCCUCCCGAUAUCGAUCGCUUAUCAUCAUUGGAGAGACUAAUUUUAAGUUGGAACAAUUUUACACACCUACCUGACUCCAUUGCUAAUCUUCCAAAGCUUCACUGUCUGGAAUUGGAAAAUUGCCCAGAGCUUCAAUCCUUACCUGUGCUUCCACCGCAUGUACGCUUGUAUGCAUCAGAUUCAGAUGCAAUGCCGGGUAAUUUAUUAGAUCCAGAAAAGUUAUGGAAGUUGUUUGAAUCAAGUGAUCAAGAGCUUUUUCUGUCACCUGUAUCUCGAAAGCUUGAUUGGCCAGCACUCUAUCCUGUGUACAUGGAAAUCCCGCCACGAUUGGAUACUAAGAGCUUUUUUCCCUUGGGGUCAGCAUAUAUAUCAAAACUUGAUUCAUUUGCAUCAGUAACAGUUGGCAUCCCUGAUGAUUGUCUUUCAAGUGAUUGGUGGGGAGUUGCUGUGUUGGUUGCCUUAGAUGCUCAGUCUCCAGAUGAAGGUUUUAUGGCCAAACAAAUGCGUAUGUAUUGGAGCUUUGACACUGAAGAUGGUCCCUCUCUAUCUCUGGCGUCGGGAUCAACAGCGAAUAAUGACCUCUAUCUGUUUACAUUGGCAGUGAGUGAUGACUUUAUAUACAUUCGACGGCACAAUAGAGACGACCCGCCGUGGUGGAACCGAGAACACUUUAGCAAGCAUCGAAAGCCAGAGCUGAAUGAAAACAGUUUGGUGUGUUUUGAAGUGCACGUGGGAGGGUGCAAGAUAAGAAAGUGUAGGUGGCGUGUGUUGCGCAAGGAAGAUUGUAUUGAAGACUUGCAAAACGUAAAGGGCCGUGGCCAACCUGUUAAGACUCGUCCUAGAGGUGAGAGCAAACUAUCUAUGGAUGAAUUCAAGGGAGAGGAUGUUAUUGCUUCGGAAGGAUCCAAGGACAACUUCUCCAUGCAUUGUCCUCAAGGCUGAAUGCAGGAAAUUGGGUCUUCAAGAUAAUGUCUUCUAUCCAUGUGACAUCUUCAGCUGACAUUCCCUUCCACUGUACUAAGAAUUGCUUGACUGUUUUCCUUCCAUCCUUAAUGACUCGGCAGUCUAAUAUAUUGUCUGGCUGCACCACAUCAUCCGAAUGAAGCUCCAAAUUUACAAGAAGCUCAGGUUCUGCUGUAUAAGAUCCAAUGGCCUUCUUGAGCAAAGAUGCAUGGAAAAUUGGGUGGACCCUUGAAGUCGGUGGAAGCUGCAAUUUAUACGAGACUGCUCCAUACCUUUCUUUAAAAGGGCCACAAUAACGUGGAGCUUGUUUCUGGUUGAUGCGCAUAGCAACUGAUUGUUGCCAAUGAGGUCGUAGAUUCAAGAAAAUCCAAUCACCAAUUGCAAAUUGUUGAUCCCUUCUCUUCUUAUCGGCAUAAUGCUUCAUCUGUUCUUGUGCCCUUGUUAAGUGAUAUUUCAAUUGAUUUAAAGCCUCAUCCCUUUCCUUUAAGUCUUGUGCAACCACUUCUGCUUUGGUUUAUCCGUAUACAAAUCUAACAAUUGUAGGAGGCUUCCUUCCAUAAACCACCUGAAAAAGGAUACUGCCAGUAGAGACAGGAAAGGUGGUGUUGUACCAUAAUUCCGCCCAUGGCAGCCAAUAAGACCAAUUCCUUGGCUUUUCAGAAGCAAAACACCUUAAAUAAGAUUCCACACAGCGGUUCACCACUUCCGUUUGGCCAUCUGUUUCUGGGUGGUAUGAAGAAGACAUCUUUAACACAGUACCUUGCAAUGAAAACAGCUCUUGGCAAAAGAUUCUUAUAAACAAAGGAUCACGGUCACUCAACAUAGAUUUAGGGAUUCCAUGCAACCGAACUAUCUCCUUAGCAAAUAUUGCUGCUAUACUCCUUGUUGUAUAAGGGUGCUUAAGAAGAAUAAAAUGACCAUAUUUUGAAAGUCUGUCCACUACUACUAAUAUUGCGCAUAGUUGUCAAUCCCGGAAUGCGGUGCGUAGCAGCCGGCCCCAAAAGUGGGAUAGCGGGAUGGCUGCUAUUUUUAUUUUUUAAAUAUAAAUAAUAGUUUAAUUCAAUAUACAUAUAAAUACUAAAAAAUGACAAAUAGUACUUAAAAUUGAUAACAUUCAUAAAUAGCUAAUAGUCAUAAGGUUUAAAAACUAAAGAAGUUCAAGCCUCCAAGGUUUAAAACAUGAAACAACAACAUUGAAAUUUAAAAUAAGAGUUACUAGACUCCUAGCUACAUAUGAAAUCAUCAAUCAUCAUCUUCUUCUAGCUCGGGAUCCUCAUCAUUGUCACUUUCACUUGUGUUCGAGUGGUAGAUUUCUUCCUCCACCUCUUCCUCUUCACUUUCUAAAUCAACUUCUUCUAUCACCACUCCCUUGCCUCUUCUUUGUCCCCUCCCUCUAGUGGUUGAAGGCCUAGACUUAGUAGUAGAAGAUGUAUUGGCAGCAUCAAUUCCCCUUCUUGAUGUCAUCCUAGUAUAUGUCAAUGGCUCAUCAACACCUCCUGCAUUGGCAACAUCUCCCCAAAUUAAGUCACCACCUUCAAAAACCAAAUCAUUUUCAGCAUGUUCUUCUCCAUCUUCACCCAUUUCUCCCAACAACCACUCACAACUAUCAUCAAUGCCAUCUAGGACAAUGUGGUCAAUGGAAUCACGACAAUUAAAUCUUUCUUUAAGAGCUUGGUUGUAUUGCACAUAGACUAAAUCUUGUAACUUUUGAUGCUCAAGACGACUCCUCUUCUUUGAGUGAAUCUAUAUUGUAAUAUAAAAUAAAUGUUAGUUUCAUAAUUAUUUUAUGAAACUCUAAAGUCUAAAGUCUAAACUAAUACUUUAUAAAAAAAUAUAAAUAAAGUAUUAACUUACAUGCUCAAAGAUACUCCAGUUUCGCUCACAACCGGAUGAACUACACGUCAAGCUUAGCACUUUGAUAGCAAGUGUCAUCAAAUGAGGAGUACUUUGUCCAAAUGACUUCCACCACUCAGCUACAAGGAUAUGGCGACAUAGUUAGUUCAUGAUACUUUAAUAUUUAAUCUAAAUAAGGUUCUUUAUUUUCACCUACCAGGAGGCAAUAUAUUCCUUGAUCUUAUGACUUGUUUCCUUCCAAAGAAGCCUCCAGCCACCUUAAACUCAGCCAAUUCCAGGAUAAUUUUAUCCCCUACUUCAUCAUUCUCACUAAGUGUAUUCAAUACAUGUGUAGACACCAUCCAUGAUUUCUCUAUUACGUUCCAUAUCCGGAUUAGCAUAAAAGUAUUCCGGAUUUAGAAAAUGUCCCGCAGCAUGCAAUGGACGGUGAAGUUGACAUUCCCAUCUUUUGUCAAUUAUUGCCCAAAUCUCCUUGUACUUGCUUUCAUUUCCUUUAAAACCACUUUUAAUGGCCUCCUUAGCCCUAUCCAUUGCCUCAUAUAUGUAACCCAUUGCCGGCUUCUUUUCAUUAUCAACAAGCCUUAGGACAUGCACCAAUGGCCCCAUAGACCUAAGACAAUAAGCAACAUCAUUCCAAAAUGUGUUCAUGAGAACCACAUUUGCUGCCCCUUUCCCCUUAGUGGCUUUAGCUAAGUUAGUCUUUGUCCAAUCAUCUGAAGUGAACAUCUUCCUAAGGUUGUUUCUUUGAGUGUACAACCUUUGCAAAGUGAAAAACGUGGUGGAAAAUCUUGUAACUCCAUGUCUAACCAAUUCUAAUUUGUUGUUGUACUUUCUCAUGGUGUUCAAUGCCAAAGUGUGAUUGUAGAAAAAGCCAACAAGACUUAUACCCCUUUUGAUGGUCUUUUGAACUCUUUUAAGUUUGCCAAUGUCUUCUAAUAUCAAAUCAAUGCAAUGUGCAACACAUGAAGUCCAAAAUAAGUGCUUCCUCUUAGCUUGUAGAAGUUUACCUAAGACCUAAUUCCAAAUUAAAAAAUUGAAAUGAGCAACAUAUUAUCACUAACACACUAACAAAGUAAUUAGCAAAGUAAUAGUUAACGUUACAUACCGGCCAAUACAUAAUUGCUUCCGUUGUCGGUCACCACUUGCACAACAUUCUUCUCACCAAUCUCCUCAACAAGGUUGUCCAAAAGAAUGAAUAACUUUUCUCCGGUCUUCAUGUAUGAAGAUCCAUCAACACUCCUGACAAACAUAGAUCCACCUGGGCUAUUCACUAGAAAAUUUAUCAAAGUCCUUUGCUUCCUAUCUGUCCAAGCAUCGGACAUAAUCGAGCAACCAUACUUUGCCCUCUCUUCCACAUUUUUUAUUAUCAAGUUUUGGGUGUAUUCCAACUCCUUUUUUAGGAGUGGAAUUCUCAUCUCAUGGUAGCUUGGAGCUUUCAAGUGAGGGUCAUAGUUUCCAAUAGCCUCAAACAUCAACAUGAAGCUCUUUAAUCGCACAACAUUGAAUGAAAUGCUAUUCCGAACAAAGAAUCUAGCAAUAUAUUGGAUUGUCCUUGCUCUAGCUUCUUUAUCACAUGCAUCAUUCAUGCUUGUCUGCUUCUUAGCUUUUGUCAACUUCAAGCUUGUCUCCGGAUCUCUCAUAAGAAGUAAAUCCAAGGGGCCUUUAACAUUUGGCUUCUUAGGAGCAGCAGAGGAAGCCCCACUUGAACUUAAAGGCCUUUUCCCACUUUUAAUUGACACAAUUUCUUGCAACUAAUCUUCCUCCUCAUCAUCUUGAUUCAAUUCAGUCAAGUGUUCUUGUUGCCCUUGGUUCUUAGCAAGAGCUUCCUUCAACAACAACACCACUUCUUCUGGAACUUUCCUACAUGAAUUACAAUCUCCCUUUUUUUUUUUUCAUUUGAUGACGUUUUGCCCUUGUAAUUCCUCCUCAAGUUGUCACCCCACAAAAAUCACAUGUUACUCUCUUCCUAUCAUGUGGAUUCUUCAAGUUGUUCCACUGUCAUGAUAUAUCAAUGUUGUCUCCUAUAGGCUUGUAAAGCCCAUUUUCAGUCCGCUUGCAGUUGCCUACAACUUCACUGUUGUUUGGUUCAACUUCAGAGGGGGAUGCCAUGGCUGGUCAUAUACAGCACUUCAGUAGCAAUGGAAAUCAGAAAUUAAGAAAGGGAGUUACUGCAGUAGUGCAGUGAGCACAAAACCGAAAUUAAGAAGAGUAAAACAAAUUAAAAACAGAGCAUUACUGCAGUGAAGAGGCAAAAGCACAAAACCAAAAAUAGAAAGGGAAAGAGGGGAAAAAAGAGGAAAACAAAAUAAAACAGAGCAUGUUACUUAUUGCAGUGAACACAACCGAAAGAGAAAGAGGGGAAAGAAGAGGAAAAUGAGAAAAACAGAGAGGGAAAGUGAGAAGACGAAAAUGAAAAACAGAGAGGGAAAGAGACGAAGACGAAAAGAAAGAGAAAGCAAAGGAUGAAAACUAAUCUCUGAUGAAGCUUCUCGCCGGAGAAGAAGCUUGUCGCCGACGUCGGAGAAGAAGCUUGGUCAAUGAGAGAAGGAAGAGAGGCUCAGAAGGAGGAAGCGGCGGAGUGAACUGAACGGAGAGAAUGAAUGAAUGAUUCAUUGAGAAUCAUUUGACCUAAUUUCCAAUUCCAUUCAACUUUACUGUUAUGCCCUUGACUUGAAGCUCAUACGGUUUAAAAUUAAGGGGUAUUGUGUCAUUUCCCCUACAGAUUCAAUGGAACCUGUGUAGCCGCGAUUUAACCGCGAUUUGGCUGCGAUUUGGCCGCGAAUAGCGCCACAACGGCCGCGAACUGGCCGCGAACCGUAGCGACGCGUCCGAUAGUGCCGCUAUUCGGCGCGAUCGAUAACUAUGCGUCAUACCCUUUGGAUUUUGGAAGACCAGUGAUGAAAUUCAAGGAUAUAUCCUCCCAAACCUGUGAAGGAAUAGGUAAAGGUUGUAACAAACCAUUAGGGGAUUUUGCUAAAUACUUUUGCCUCCGACAAGUAUCACAUGAUUUAACAUACUCCAUCACAGUUUUUUUCAUGCCUUCCCAAUAAAGAUUCCCUGCCAAUCUCUUAUAUGUCCGUAGAUAUAAUGAAUGCCCCCUAGUCGUAGAAGAAUGGAACUCCUGCAACAAUGCAGGAAUAAUAGAGGAAUUAGAUGGAAUGACCCAUCUAUCCUUGUAUAGCAACAUUCCUUGUUGUAGAGAAUAUCCAGGUCUAGCAUUAGGCUUCUGUUUCCGCUGAACUAUUAUUUUCUUCAAAUCUGGAUUCUUGUACACUUCUGCAUAAAUAUCUUUCCCUUGCAACCAGAUUGGUGUGGAAACAAUAGUUUGUAAUGCUCCUUCUUCAUGUACUCGAGACAAAGCAUCUGCUGCCCUAUUUUAUUUCCCAAGCUUAUACACAAUGUCAAAAUGAAAUCCCAAUAACUUAGCCAGCCAACAUUGUUGGUCAGCUGUAAUGAUGCACUGUUCCAACAAGAAUUUGAGACUUUUUUUGAUCCGUAUGCACCAAAAAUUUCCGCCCUAACAAAUAAUGUCUCCAAUGAUUUAUAGCCAACACCAAUGCCAUUAAUUAUUUUUCAUAAACUGAUUUAUUCAUGCUGCUGCCAGAAAGGGCUUUACUAAAGUAUGCUAUGGGUUUUUGUUGCUGCAUAAGCAUGGCCCCAAUACCUAUCCCAUUUUGCCAUAGUUUAGUAUUAACUUUCUGUAAUAGCCAGUCAAACCCAGAAAUCCCCUAACACCCUUAACAUUUUUAGGGACUGGCCGCUCCAAAACACUCUUCACUUUUGUUGGAUCUACUGCUACUCCUUGAUUAGAAAUCACAUGACCCAAAUACUCUACAUAUCUUCUCCCAAAAACUGCAUUUCUUGUGGUUGGCUACAAAUUGAUGAUCUUUUAACACCUGUAGCUCUUGUGAUACGUGUUGUAAAUCAGAAUCCCAAUCAACGCUAUAUACCAAGACAUCAACAAGAAACACCAAUACAAAUCUACGCAAGAAAGGUUUAAAAAUCUGAUUCAUCACAGAUUAAAAUGUGGCAGGAGCAUUGGUCAAACCAAAAGGCAUCACUAAGAAUUCAUAAUGCCCUUCGUGAGUUCUGAAAGCCUUCUUGUGUAUAUCCUCUUCUUUCACGCGAAUUUGAUGAUUACUUGACUUCAGGUCCAACUUCGAAAAAUAGCCAGCACCAUAUAACUCAUCAAUUAAUUCAUCAACCACAGGGUUAAGGUAUUUAUCUCGUACGGACACUUUAUUUAAAGCUCUAUAAUCAAUGCACAUUCUCCAUGAAGAAUCUUUCGUUUUAACUAAUAUUACAAGACAGUGUUGUUAAAUAGCGGCUAUAGCGGCCGCGACGUGCUAUAGCGUAGCGGGAAAUAGCACCACCGCAAUCGUUAUGCCGCUACAUAGCGGCCACCGCGUUAAUCGCGAUCGCGGCCGCGAACGCCAUAGUGGCGUUAUUCCAGAAUCGGAAAUAUCGGAUUUGAUGGAUUUUAAACUUUUUUUAGCUACUUUUUAGGGUUUUAAAUAUGGAAUAUCUCUACUAAUGGGCCACAAACAAUUCCCACUAAUUACCCUAAUUAUUUCCCUAUUAACUACUUCUCUAUAUUAACGCUUCAACGUGAGAGGAU